AUGACUGAUGGCUUGUUCGACUGCAUAAAGAGAAAAGACUACGAGGAGUUUCGAACGCGUGCGGAGCAGGUGGAGACGGUGGAGGAGUUGGCUAAUUGGCGAGAUCCGGAAGGGUUUACGAUCCUGCAUUGGUCGGCGCUCGCUGGUUGUAGCGAGUUGGUGUUGCGAAUUCUCGAGGAGGGGAAAAUGGACCCGAACGUGCGCGGUCCCAACCUCCAGACGCCCCUCAUGUGGGCUUGCAUGGAUCAGCAACUAGUCACCAUGCUCAUUCUGGCAGACCACGGAGCGAGUCUGCACUUGCUCGACGACCUACACGACAACGCCCUCUCCAUCGCUUGCCAACAUGAGAAGCUAUUCGCCGCGCUUUGGCUCCUAACCCGACAAAUUGACGUAAACGUCGCAAAUCUGGGUGGAACCAGUCCCGCGCACUGGGCCGCUUUCAGCGGUUCGUAUAUGAUACUGUGUAUGUUGGACGCGUUCGGUUUCGACAUGUGCAGGUCGUACGACCGGAACGGGUUAUUGCCCGUCCACCGCGCUCUGGAGUUAGAAUUCUGGGGCACGGCCUACAUGAUGGCCAGUUUCUGUCCCCGAUUACUGGUCACCAAGACGCGGCCAGUGGACAGCGAAGGAGAAGGAGGGAGGGAAGGAGAUGGAGGGAGGGAAGGAGAUGGAGGGAGGGAAGGAGAUGGAGGGAGGGAAGGAGAAGAUGAGGGAAUGACUUUGGAAGAGUUUGCUGAGGAUCGGUGUUUGCCGGGGAAGACCAUGGAGCAGUGGCUUAAGUUGUGCCGGUACCAUAAGCAUCGGUCGGAGGAUACGCUGGAGGAUCCCGGUACAGGUGGUUGGUUGUUUUCGUUCGGGGCUCGGAAGAGCUUAUGGGACUAUUUGGUUGACUUUGUGGAUUUUCUGGAACGGAAAGAGGCAACCCGGGGUUCCAUUCCCCUUCUAGCCUACUCGUUUGGAUUGGUGUUCUGUCUGGUUCACUGGGUAUCUUUAUGGCGAAUAAACCAAGAGUUAAGGAUGCUCGGCUUCGUCUUCAGCGGCCUACUCAAGAUAUUACCGUGUGUGGGACUUGUCGGUAUUCUAACCUUCUCCUGCUUAUUAUUAAUUGAUCCUGGUUUCAAACAAUACAACUACUUCCCAAUAAUUUUUGACAAGCAACACCCAGCAAACCCCAAGAUUCUCGCCAAGUACUCCAACAAGGUUGUCGCUAACUUGGAUAAUUAUCAAAGCACACACGAAAAGGAACGCCUAUUCCGAUCUCGUCGAAGAGAAAUAUUUGAACAGAUAGGCACCUCUCUUUCCCACCCUUAUGCCUUAAUACUGCUAUCGGCACCGGUACGGCGAAAGGACUCAAGAGUCAUUCAAUACUUUGCUAGGAAAGGCGUUUAUCUUGCCGACCACUACAAUAUCACUGAUCACUCCAAUAUUACUGGAGAGCAAAUUAGCCACCCAGCCACUCCAGUUCAAGCCACUCCAGUUCAAGCCACUCCAGUUCAAGCCACUCCAGUUCAAGCCACUCCAGUUCAAGCCACUCCAGUUCAAGACUCCGAUAUGAACCGACCGAUCAGGGUACCUUAUGCGGAUGAAAGAAAAUUAAGGGAGAAAUUGGAUCUGGGACGAGUGUGUACAACGUGCUGGAUUCGACGUAGCAUUCGGACCAAACACUGUAGCACCUGUGACCGCUGCUGUGGAGUAAUGGAUCAUCAUUGUGUAUGGAUUAACGCUUGCGUAGGCGAGCGUAAUCAUUUGCUAUUCUUCUUGUUUAUUAUUACUUCCGCAGUUUCUCAAUGGCACCAAAUUGCUUUGAUUGCCUUGGCAGGGUGCUCCAAAGCUGUCCAUCUGCUUCCGUUCAACGCUACUGUCUUCUUGCUUGGAGGCCGAAUUACGAUUCCACAAGUUUUCCUGAUUAUAUUGGCCGGUAUACUGCACUUCAUAACCUUCAAGUGGGGUGUCUCAUUGGCCUCAAGUCAGUGCGACGACUUGCUGCACAGCACCACCGUAAACGAAAAGAUAAACGGUUCCAGAUACGAGCACUUUAUUGUGAGCGCCGUGUGCGAUGACGACGGGCUACCGGACCAUCCUGUGGUCGAGUCCGACAAGGCGAUCAAGUAUAUUUAUACCGAAGGAAGCGAUCAAAAAAUACCCAGAAAGAAGUACAAGAUCGACAAGACCAUUCCCGAAUUGGUCGGUGACGUAAAUCACGCAACUCUCUCCCCGCACGCUACGGACCAGAGAGCGCCCAAGCCUUCGCCCGGCGCCAUACUAGCCGAUGAAAAGCCUGACGACCAUCGGCUUCCGGAUGAACCACCAACCGCUGAUGAACCGCCAACUGCUGACACUGUUAGAAAGUCGAUGCUGGCGCACGUAAACAGCAAUCUGCAAAAAGGCAUAACCCCGGUGAUCAAAGAGGCCGCUGAGAGGAUGACUGUUAAGACUCCUUUCAUCAGACGGUUCCUUAGAAAUCCUUUUUCGGAACAAAUGACCGUGAUUGAAUCUGUAAUUGGAUUUUUGACCAACACGCGAGACACGGAGAUCGAGUAUUACGCUCUAAAGGACGAGGAGUUUAUUCGGUCUAUGCGGGCUGAGAUCAUUGCACGCCGUCAACGCUUAGCGGCCAACAACUCUUGCCAUUGGUACUCUAAAGCGUUAUCCAAAUUCUUUGCCAGACACGGCUCUAACAACUUUUCCAGAUGA